CGUAAAUUCAGCAUGAACACGUGGCCUCCGGCUUUCGUUGUUACUAGACUCGGGGGACAUUUCAGUCUCUGAAAGAACAAUACAUGCUUAGAGAGAGAAGACGGUGUCGAAAAGCAAGUAUAGAUACAAGUUUUGGUAGCCGGAGGUACUUCGGUUUCUUGAAAUGGUGGCCGACGACUCGCCAGAGGUGCUUCCCGACGGCUGGACUAUAGAACUCAAUGUUCUAAAGACUGGUCGCAAAAUUAAGUAUUAUGUGAACUCUGGAGCCGGUAAAAAAUUCUUCUCCAAGGAUGAUUUCGUACGCCAUGUUAAAGCACGAAGCACUCAACAUGACCGCCCUCAGCCAACUAAGAGUUCUAUUGGAAGGCCCAUAAAUAAUAACCACUUGCAUUUUAUAGAAUGUACAAAUGAACAUCCUGAAUGGUUACCUCAUGGUUGGAUUGUGGAGUCAAAGACCAGACAAAGUGGCUUUGCAAGUGGAAAAUUAUACAAGUGUUAUGUUGAUAUUUCUACUGGGCACAAAUUCUAUUCCAAGCCAGAGGUAUUUCGAUAUCUGGAAACUAUGAAGCAGAAAAGUUGCACAUCAAAGCGGAAGGAAACGCUCAAGAGUGUACUGCCUGAAAACAAAGUUAAGUUUGAGAAGUGUACAGUGGAGGAUUUACCUAAAGGGUGGAUCAAGAAGACCAAAAUUACAAGGAAUGCAAAUGGAAUCAGAAAAGACCCGUAUUUUACAGAUCCAGUAAAUGGAUAUGUCUUCCGAUCCAAAAGGGACGUUCUACGCUAUCUAGAAACGGGAGAAAUUAGUAGACAUGCAUUUUUGCCAAAGAAAAGACACAUUGAUGACAAAACUUUGUCAUCAUCUGCAGCUAAAAGGCAGAAACUAAAGCGCACUGCUACUUGGGAACAGCUGUUUACAGGUAAGGGGACUUCUGAUGUGGGAAGCACAGCAUCUUCUGAAGCUGUGUCCUUGAGGAAUAGUGGAGGCAAAACUAUAUCCGCUACUGCACUUCCUGUGGUUACCAUAAUUAAUAUACCUUCACUGGAGAGUCCAGGUGAUGAUGUGAAGGUGAAGGGUGAUGGUGCUGAAUUUCAGGAAAACUUUAAUGCAAACUGGUCAGAUCAAACAAAGGCCGAAGCUUCUGAGAGAAAUCAAGACAAAAAGGUCAGUGCUGUUAGUGGAAAUGGACUUCUAAUUCCUGAAGCUGAUAACAAGCAAGAGCGGAAUUUGCCUGAGAGUGGGACAAAGAAGGAUCAAAGCUACAAAAGAAAAGCUCAGAAUAGUUUGGGCAAAUUCAGUAACAAGAAAAGGGUUAACUUGCCUCGUCGGUUUUCUAAGCGACUUGCUGGAAUUGAACCGGAGAUGGUGGGCAACUUGGUGUCCAUUGUUCAAGCAAUUCCUGAAGCUGGUAAUGAGCAAGAGCAGAACUCUCCUGAGAGUGGGAUAAAAGGGGAUGAAAGCUAUGAAGGAAAAACUCAGAAUAGUUUGAGUAAAUCCUAUAACAAGAAAGGGCUUAACUUGCCUCAUCUGUCUUCAAAGCAUCUUGGUGGGAUUGAGCCCAAGCAAGUGGUCAAUUCAGCGUCCAUUGUGCAAGGUCUUCCAAAAAUUAUUAUGUCUCUAAAAGGCGAAGCCAUUCUAGCUAUGGGCUUGACUUCAGAUGGUUUGGCAGAUAAACCAUCUGAGCAAAUGAAAGCUGAACCCAUAAGAGAGCUUCUGCAUCAUUCUGCUACUAAUGUUCAAGAGCCAUCAAACAAAAGCCAAAAGUCCAAUGCAACCCAUUCUGUACUCCCCAAGACCAAAGUUUCCGAGAUAACACAUAAUAGUCUGAGCAAACCUAGUGAUCAGAAACUAAAGAAAGGGUUGAACUUGCGUCGUCGGUCUUCAAAAAGACUUGCAGGUCUUGAACCUGAGGUGGUAGCCAACAGAGUGUCCAGUGCACAGGCUUUUCAAAAUGCAAAAACAUCUUGUAAAACUGAAGCCAUCCUAGCUGUGGGUUUGACUUCGGAUGCUUUGGCAGACAAAGCAUCUCAGCAACUCAAGGCUGAACCUAGAACUGAGUUUCCAAAACAUGCUUUGGCUGAUGUCAAGAGCCAAGUGUCUUUUCAUGACAAAGUUGUUUUGAAGGACCAAUUGCAAGUGCAGGAGACUGACAAAACCAGUGAUGAGACGUCAGAACCACAGCCCAUCUCUCCAUUUGGGGAGUUCUGGUCAGACCCAUGUCUUGAAUUUGCAUUCAAGACUCUUACAGGUGAAAUACCCAUUGAGAUUACUGCUGAAAAUGGGCUGGUUUCGACUCCUGCGGCUGAUAUUUUAGAUGAGAGGAACUUGCACAUGAGAAAGAUAGAUAAAAGUAGCAAUGGAGAAACUCUGAUCAGCUCAGACAAAUACAAAAACAGUAAAAAGCUUCAUUUUCCUCAUCAAUCUCUAGAACAACUUUCAGAGCCUCAAUGUGUACCAAUGGGAAGCUCAGUCUCCGAUGAGUGUGCUUUUAAAAUGACAGCUAGACCAGCUAGAAAAUGUAGUAAAGUUAAAGCUGUUCUGGAUGUGGGUUCUCAGGACAAUCUGACAAUUGAUGCUUCUCAGCAGCUCAAGGCUGGGCCAGAAGCAGCACAUACACAUUAUUGUUCUCUAAAUGUAACGACUGCGCCUCAAAUUGAGCCAUCAAAUAACAGGUUAGAGCACCUUAAUGACUGCAAUGCAACUGAACAGCAUUCACGUAAGUUGGAAAUUGAGAAGACUGUCAACAAGCCAGAGUUACAGCCUCACUUUCCCUUUGGGGAUUAUUGGUCAGACCCAUGCUAUGAAUUUGCAUUCAAGACCCUUGCAGGUGCAAUACCAGUAGAUAAUUUGCCAGUUCAGAGUUACUUCCAGCAACAAGUUGACACUUCUCAAACCCAGAGGGAGGGUUACUUCCAGCAACAAGUUAGCACUUCUCAGACCCUGAGGGAGAGUAGUUUGGAACUUCCUGAUUUUGGCUUGGCCAGCUUUUUCCAAACUGAUAUAUCAGUGCACUUUGAUGCUCCGGAGAAGCAACUUGCAUCCCAGCCACGAGUGCCCUUGAAUAAUCCUUCCUUCCUGCCGUCUGGAAGUCUGAGCUUACCAAGUUGCAGUAGCAUCGGUUCUCAACAACCACCACGCUUGAAGGAGAAUAAGGGACUGCAUGGUAAGGUAAACUCCUAGAGUCAAAGUAACUGUUAGCAGUUGGAAGUAUUAUAAUUAACGGUGAUAAUGUGCAGCUUUUUCCAACAAUAAACUACCUCUGGUGUUGUUGUACUUUAGCUUUUGUAAUCCAGUACUGAAUACAAUUUGAACUGUUGUAAGACAGUCUUUCACCGAUGGUAGUUUGGUCAGAAGAUGUGGGGGCGAGAACUGUGAGAAAAGUUUUCACAAAUGUGAAGAGGUGUUGUACUUUCUUCCCUUUUCACAGCAAUGAAUAGAAAAUGUUCUUUUUGUUCUUACCCUCUUUAAGGCAUCAAGGAUCCAAAAGAUUUCUUUUCCCUAUGUGUAGUGACCAGAUAAUUCAUCAUUUCACUGAAAGCAUUUUGAAGUAUCGGGUAUUCUUGUUGUAAUUUAUAUAAAAGUCUUUGUAUUUUUUGGUAUUUUUACACACAAUUGUACAGCCAAGGAAUAAGCUUGUUAUUUAUUAUUUUGAGGUUAAUGAGAACACGUUAUACAAUUGUUUAACAA